ACGUCCGACGCGACAGAAUCUUUCCAAACUCGCCAUCGCCUUUUCACGAACAUAACCGUAGAGUUCUGGAAACAACUGCUCGCAAUGCUCAUUGGGGUGCCAGCUACGAUCCCCCGCAAGAUUUAACCUCGUGCGUAUAUACCACUAUGCAAACGUAGAUUCGGUGUCAUGUCGCAAUCGGCUAUUUCACUCCUUACACAUUCUCGCAAUGUCUUCGAGCACAGUCGCGAGACGACAACUCCAGAGGAGAUUUCAGAGAAGUCAUCCAUCAAAGCCGCCCAUCUCGCCGAAGCGGCUUGCUCUGGCAAGCAAUGCUAGCAAACAUCAUUUUAUCAAUGUGGGGAAUGGUGAGACAAGCGAGAUACAGGCAGCUGAACACCGGAGACGCAAGAUACUCUAUGUGAAGCAUCAACCUAUACCCCAUAUGGAUCGCUUUUUGCAAUUUGGACACUCGUCAGUCGGUCGUGUUAUUAUCGACUUGUCAACCAUUCUGCGUACCUUCAAGCGGUACGUCAAAACCGCUCGCAUGUUUCCCUACAGAGCGGUGGGCUUGCCAAGCGCAAAAUCCACCGAAAACAAAAUUGCGUAUAUUGCUAGAGGUACGCGCUUGUUGAAGGGUGUUCUUGUCGCUGUAUUGCAAGUGAGGGCUGGCCAUUUUGCGAAAUUUAAACGUGACCAGCUGGCUUCCCAGUUCAGCGGCAAAACCACCGGAAGAAGCCACAAAAACCGCAAGCCGCAGCUAUGGACUGUUUUCACAGAUAAACUCUCGCCUUUGCUACGACGACCAAAUGGCCUCAGUCACAUUCACAGCCACCUACAUACCUGGCUUGAGGCGGGUAUUAUAUCUGCGAAGAGCCCAAGAGGCGACGUGGUUCCGCUAUGCAAGGUUCUGGGCCAUCCAGAGUACCGCGCUUUAAGGGAUUCAACAUACAUGUCAUUGCCCAUAGCACUAACGCAAGCAGCCGAGGGUAUCAUAGUAGAACUAAGCAUGGAGAGGGCACAGCGCCAAGCCGCUAUGACUGAGACAUGCCUUCUCGACAUGAAUGCUCGCGCGCUCAUAGUAACCUUGAGUCGCUUCAGACGAGAGGACGCGAGCAAGGAGAAUGUAUGCGCCAGGUUGCCCCUAUUCGAUCAAUACCUGACACAAGUAGUACGGCAACAGGAGCUAGGCGUUUAUGUUUCUGGUAAUCAUGCGACGCCCGUCCUUGUGAAAGAAACUCAGGAGAAAUUGCAAAAGAUUUGGAGCUCCCUGAAUCCAUGGGAGCAACAAGACAGAAACUUCGAGGAGGCAUACGAGAAGCAAGUCAACAAAUUGCCGCUGCGAUUGGCGGAGCACGAGAAAUGGCUGGAGCAAGAGAAACUUCGGCAGCGAAAGGAAUUUCGGGAGCUACAGAGACUUAAGUUGAAAGAGAAAAAGAAACGUCGGGAGGAAAGAAAACUUCGGGAGCAAGAGAAACUUCGGGAGCAAGAGAAACUUCGGGAGCGAGAGAAACUUCGGGAGCGACUGUCGCAAACCAUCAAGACUCGGCGAAAGAAGGACUGGCCCCAGAAUAAUAAUCGGAUGCAAAGCUUAGGUAAGCGGGUUCUCACUGGGAAUAGAAUUGGUUGGUUUUGAUCCAACCUGAGAUAUUGAAUUUGGCAUCUGUAAGAUUUGACGUGCUCCUAUGUGUAUAUCAGAGCAAACCAGCCAGGAGUGACUUAAAUAUAAAAUGAAACAAAACGCCAUCGACUGCCAUGGAACCAGACAUGAGUGAUUCGCUUGCUGUCGA